UGAGCCUGUCCUGCAGAUAGCAGCCUACAGUCUCUGGUACUCUUCUCCAGUAAACCUCACGGAAUAUUUCCCUCCUGUCUGGGUGUUCAAGGGAGCCAAAGCAGUCAAGCAGGAGUUUUCCCCACAGCAGGAUUUGUGCUACAUUGUAGCUGAGGAAAUAUAUUAGGGUUUUACGAGCAACAAAACAAAACAACAAAAAAAUCAAGAAAAUGACACAUUUUAAUAAGGGGCCAGCCUACGGAUUAUCUGCUGAAGUUAGAAGCAAAAUUGCUCAGAAAUAUGACACACAAAAGGAGGAGGAGCUUCGUUUCUGGAUUGAGGAGGUGACAGGAAUGUCUAUCGGGGAGAACUUCCAGAAAGGCUUGAAGGAUGGAGUCAUCCUCUGCGAACUGAUCAAUAAGCUGCAACCUGGUUCGGUAAAGAAAAUCAACCUUUCCCAGCUGAACUGGCACAAGCUGGAAAACCUUGGGAAUUUCAUCAAAGCUAUCCUGGCCUUUGGCCUAAAGCCCAAUGACAUCUUUGAGGCCAAUGACCUGUUUGAAAAUGGGAACAUGACUCAAGUCCAGACCACACUGCUCGCACUGGCCAGCAUGGGAAAGACCAAAGGUAUGGACUCAAAGAUUGACAUCGGGGUGAAAUAUGCAGACAAACAGGCUCGACAUUUCGACGAUGAGAAGAUCAAGGCCGGUCAGUGUGUCAUUGGACUGCAGAUGGGGACAAACAAGUGUGCGAGUCAGGCUGGAAUGACUGCCUAUGGAACCAGAAGACAUCUUUAUGAUCCAAAGACUCAGUCUGACAAACCCUACGACCAGACAACCAUCAGCCUGCAGAUGGGAACCAACAAAGGAGCCAGCCAGGCGGGCAUGUCAGCCCCCGGUACCCGCAGAGACAUCUAUGACCAGAAGGUGGUGCAGCAGCCGCUGGACAACUCUACCAUCUCCCUCCAGAUGGGCACCAACAAGGUGGCGUCUCAGCAGGGCAUGAGUGUGUAUGGCCUGGGGCGGCAGGUCUACGACCCCAAGUACUGCGCCCCGCCAACGGAGCCGGUCAUCCACGCCAACGGCAGCCAGGGCACCGGCACCAACGGCUCGGAGAUCAGCGACAGUGACUAUCAGGCCGAGUUCCCGGAGGACGAGUAUCACGGAGGCUACCAUGAUGACUACAGCGCCCAUUACAAUGACCAGGGCAUUGACUAUUAGCGGAGACCUCCCCCUCCUCCAGAUCAGUAUUACCCUAGUGUACUCUUAUCAACUACACAACAGAGCAAGUCUUUUGCUAUCCUCACUAGUCUUUUUCUUCUCUCCGAGCAUACGAUGAAUUGUUGCCUUGAGUGCUUUUCCUUCUUCACCUAGACUCUUUAAUCUGAGCAGCAAAGGGUUGGGAGAAGCGGUAGUGGCAUAGAAUAAUGAGAUACAGUGCUGAUUAAUGUUUCACGGCAUUGUUUUUUUAAUAUUCCACUUUUAAAAUGUGUUUUAAUGAUGCAACACUGAAGUAGUGAUAACUCUGUGGACCGAUGACGUAGCAUCAGGUGAAGCUGCUGCAUUCCAACGUUUGUAUUCCUUGACUGAAACUGGGCUGACGAUCCACGCGAUCUCUGACCACACAGUACGCACACACAGAGAUUCACCGAUUUCAUGAGAUAAGAUUUGAACCAGCCGAGGGCGGUAUCCCUGAUGCCACUUUUUGAGGCGAUCCAAAAGAGUAGAAUGAUCAACUGUGUCGAAAUGUUUAAAUGUUAAUUAGGGCUGCCCCCCUUUCAUUAGUCGACUAAGAUUACUUUAGUCCAUUAGUCAUUUUUUAUGUUUUUUUUCUUGCUGAAUGACUUCUUUCCAAGAAACUUCUGAGCACAUCUCUGGUAAGCACAAGAUUUAAAGUGAUACAUAAGUGUUAAGCCCAGUUCAGACCAAAGAUUUGCGAGAAGAUGAAACCGUUUUAGAACAUCGUAGACCAAAGUUUCAACGGCCCGAACCGCCCCGUCUCAGCUCAACUAAAACCAGCUGGUUCAGCUGGUCAAGUCUCCAGAGGCUGGUUUUACAACGUAAGGGACGUCACCUGUUUCAACAGCAAGUAAAGGAGUCAUCUUGUAAAGUCAGCUACUAUAAAAAAUAAUCCACAAUCCAUUUUAUUUCUGUUAAAAGUUGUUACCGGAGGCUCAACGACCGAGAGAAGGAGAGGGAGCGCCUCGGACAAAGCCCUGAAUCAGAGAAACCAAACGAUUCAUCACUAGAAAUGUAACUGCAGCAAGACUCUCACUAUCACCAAUGUUAUCAACAUUCAUAUUUAGACGCAACUAAUUAUAUAUUCAGCUACAAAAAGCCUGGAAGUUGGAAGUUAGGACUGAAGUACAAAGAGUUGUUGCUACGGAGAUGAUACCCCGUCCCUUGUCUCAUUGGGGUGAAGUGGCAGGUUCUCGUCUUGUCGCAAAUCUUUGAAAUGAACUGGACUUUAGUUGACUAAGAAUUCCUUUAAUCAAGCAAAGCCCUACUGAUCUCUCCUCUGUGUUCCGUCUGUAAUCAGCCACAGUUUUUUAAACUGGUAUUCCUUUUUUUUUUUAAACUACAUUUAAUCACUAGAUAGUGUUUUUUCUUUUUAAUUGAUGAGCAUGGUGGCUGUUCGGAUAGUGCAGAUGACCAAACCCAAGCUGACUCUAUUUUACAGACACACUUCCUUUGUUUUAUUACAUGACUAUAUUUCCAUAUUAUUCCCCCUUUGUAUUCCCAAACUGUAUUUAUUGCAAUGUCUCUCAUUGUAAAGCAGUCCACUGUUAUAUGGGUCGUAAAGAAAUGGUAUGUUAUGAAUAAAGCCUUAAAUUCUCCAA